CGCACCCUCUCACUCUCUACAACACCCCAGUGGAAGUGGAGAAGGCUACAAGUCUCGUAGGCUACGUCGUGGCCACGAAGCAUAGGCUACAUGAACACAGCGGCGCUACUGCUGCUGCUAGUGCUAGCCUAACUGCUGGCUGCAACUGCUGCUGUGACAUUCAUUCACAGGUCAGAGGGGCUGACACAACACACGACACUACACACGCUGACACACGGCGAGGAGAAGUUCCCCCACAGAGCGACGAUGUCUUCCGUCAGCGUUCAGUUAUCUUCGGACUUUGGUUAUGUUAUUCUCACGGCGGCAGCGGGGUGGGUUUUCCUUCAGUACUUGGCGUGGAAUGUUAUCAAAGCGAGAAAGAAGUACGACGUGCAGUACCCAACUCUGUACAGCGAAAAGAGCAAGGAAUUCAACUGCUUUCAGCGGGCUCACCAGCACACACUGGAGGUGUACCCGCAGUUUCUGAUAUUCCUUGUGUUUGGGGGGCUUGAGCUGCCGUGCCAGUAGACCAAAACCGACCCCUCCUUGGCUAUGUUGGAUUCUUUGGUGUGUACUUGAACAGCAUCUAUUUCGCCCUGAAGCUAUUGGGCGUUGUCUGAGGCAACGGUCUCAUGGCGAUGGAGUCAUGUCAUGCUAUAACUGUUUUUAGUAUGAGUUUUACGGCACUUGUAACACA